ACUGGCAAAAUCACCUUGCAUCUACCGGUGUGCACCACCGUCCACUACCAGAGUAACUUAGCAAGCCUAUUUGUCUAAACAGUGCUGUGGAUUAUGCAUUGAAUACUCAUUUCUGAUUAGCCAUUAUCCACAAUCGUCAAAGAAUUUAAACACGUUUCUAUUUUCUUAAAGAGUUAUCUACGUCAACAUUUAAUACUUGUAGAAUACCGGCACGGUAGCGUGGAAGAUGUCAGUGGUGGGAAUUGAUGUGGGCUUUCAAAGCUGCUAUGUUGCUGUAGCUCGAGCAGGAGGAAUUGAGACCGUAGCCAACGAAUAUAGCGACCGAAGUACACCAUCAUUUGUUUCCUUUGGACCACGGAAUCGUGCAAUAGGAGCUGCAGCCAAAGGCCAGGUGGUAACAAAUUGUAAGAACACUGUUCAAGGGUUCAAGAGAUUCCAUGGCAGGGCUUUUUCAGACCCGUAUGUCCAGUCGGCAAAAUCCAACUUGGUUUAUGACCUGGCCCCCGUGCCUUCUGGGACGACUGGCAUCAAGGUGAUGUACAUGGAGGAGGAGAGGAUUUUUAGCAUUGAACAGGUCACUGCCAUGCUGCUGACAAAACUGAAGGAGACUGCUGAGACGGCGAUGAAGAAACCUGUGGCAGACUGUGUCAUCUCUGUUCCCUGCUUCUACACUGACGUAGAGAGGAGGUCAGUCAUGGAUGCUGCUCAGAUUGCAGGACUCAACUGCUUACGUCUCAUGAAUGAGACCACUGCAGUCACACUUGCAUAUGGGAUCUAUAAACAGGAUCUCCCUGCCCCUGAAGAAAAGCCAAGAAAUGUGGUGUUCGUAGAUUUGGGCCAAUCUGCCUAUCAGGUCUCAGUGUGUGCAUUCAACAAAGGAAAGCUCAAGAUGCUAGCUUCUGCAUUUGACACAGAAUUAGGUGGCAAAGACUUUGAUGAGGUGUUGGUGAACCAUUUCUGUGACGAGUUUGGCCAGAAAUACAAGUUGGAUGUGAAGUCAAAGCCCAGAGCCCUGGUUCGUCUCUACCAGGAGUGUGAGAAGCUGAAGAAGCUGAUGAGUGCCAAUUCCUCCGAUCUGCCCCUUAACAUUGAGUGCUUCAUGAAUGACAUUGAUGUGUCUGGAAAACUCAACAGAGGCCAGUUUGAGGAUAUGUGUGCCGCGCUUCUGGCCAAAGUGGAGGCUCCCCUGCGCAGCAUAAUGGAACAAGCCAAGCUAAAGAAGGAAGACAUCUACGCUGUAGAAAUCGUCGGUGGUGCCUCCAGGAUCCCAGCUGUCAAGGAUAGAGUCAGCAAAUUCUUUGGAAAAGAUCUGAGCACAACAUUAAAUGCAGACGAGGCUGUUGCACGAGGAUGUGCACUGCAGUGUGCGAUCCUGUCCCCUGCCUUCAAAGUCAGGGAGUUCUCCAUCACAGACGUUGUCCCGUAUUCCAUCUCUUUGAAGUGGAACUCCGCUGCAGAGGACGGAUUAAGUGAUUGUGAGGUAUUCCCAAGGAACCAUGCGGCGCCCUUUUCAAAGGUGUUGACGUUUUACCGGAAAGAACCUUUCUACCUGGAGGCCUACUACAAUAAUCCCAAAGAGCUGCCCUACCCUGACCCCAAAAUAGGUCAGUUCAUGGUCCAGAAAGUGGUUCCCCAGGCAAAUGGUGAGAGUUCAAAGGUCAAGGUGAAGGUCAGGGUGAAUGUCCAUGGGAUCUUCAGCGUGUCCAGUGCCUCACUAGUAGAGGUUUUAAAACCUACUGAGGGAGAGGAGCCCAUGGAGACGGACCCUGCCAGCAAGGAAGAGGAGAGUAAAAUGCAGACUGACCAAGAUGACCAGAAAGCCCAAGGUGAUGAACAGAAAGAUAAUGCAGAAAAGAAGUCUGAGUCUGAGGAAAUGGAGACAUUAGACGAUGUAAAACAAGAGAAGAAUCAGGCUCCAUCGGCAAAGAAACCCAAAGUGAAAACGAAGAUUGUGGAGCUCCCAAUCGAAAACAGCCUGAACUGGCAACUAACCAAUGACACAGUCAAUCUGUUCAUGGAGAAUGAGGGUAAGAUGAUUAUGCAGGACAAGCUGGAGAAGGAGCGGAAUGAUGCCAAGAACAAUGUGGAGGAGUAUGUCUAUGAGAUGAGGGACAAACUGCACGGAGUCUAUGAGAAAUUUGUUAAUGAUUCUGACAGAGACACCUUUUCGUUAAGACUUGAGGACACAGAGAACUGGUUGUAUGAAGAUGGGGAGGACCAACAGAAACAAGUUUACAUUGACAAACUGGUCGAAUUGAAGAAACUCGGGCAGCCCAUCCAGGACAGAUACAAUGAGGCGGAGGAGAGACCAAAAGCAUUUGAUGAACUCGGGAAGCAUAUCCAACAGUACAUGAAGAUUGUAGAAGCUUACAAAGCAAAGGAGGAGCAGUACGAGCAUCUGGAUGAGCUGGAGAUGUUAAAGGUGGAUAAGCAGGUGAACGACGCCAUGAUUUGGAUGAACAGCAAAAUGAACGCACAGAGCAAACAGGACCUCACCAAGGAGCCCGCCGUCAAAGUCAGAGAGAUUCAGGCAAAAACUAAGGAGCUUAACGCAGCCUGCAACCCAACUGUUUCGAAACCCAAGCCCAAAGUCGAGGCCCCUAAGGAGGAGAAGUUGGAGCAGAACGGGCCAGUGAACGGGCAGGAGGGCACAGAUGAGCAGCCAGUCAGCAGUCCUGAGAAGGGUGAGGAGAGCAGCACCGAGCCUCCUGACACUGCCGCGGGCAAACGGCUGCCGGAGAUGGACAUUGACUAGCCUCUACGGCUGCCCCCCCGUUCCCGCCUCCCCCGCUUGUGUCUCGCCCCCUCCCUGCCCAUGUCUCGCCCCCUCGGCCCCCUCUGAGAUCUUACUGAUUAUAGCCUCUGUUUUGAUGACACAGUCCUACAACUAUUCCUAUAGAUACUCUCGAUCAGCCUUCUUGGCAUGUUCCAUUAUUUUUUGCUGUUGAAAUACAAUGAACACAUGUUGAUGUUGUGUGCGCCGAAGGACGGAAACUUGCUUUCUCUGUAUUGCUUCAAUGGCCAUUUUUGUAAGGAAUGUACACGUCAUCAUCUCUUCAGCCCAUGUCUACUGAGAUUGUCAUAUUAAGAUGUGAUGAGCAAGACAGCCAGUAACCAAGUGUUCGACAGAAGUGCUAAACAGGUAACUAUUAUGUUUGAAUAGGGAAGAGGUUACAAGCUUGACCUUUAGGAUUAUUCGCCAUUGGAUGUAACUUGUGCUUUUUUCUUUUUCACUUUAACGUUGCAACUGUUGGAUAUAUUUUGUAGGACACCCUGAUGGGAUGGAAUGGUUAGUAUAUUCAAAUAUAUUAUAGAGGCACUGAUUAUCUGUCCACUGUAUGUUGAUUUACAUUUGAGUUAAUGUCAUGCAAUAUUUCAGUGUAAGGCUGUCUCAUUUAAAAGCAUUGGUCUGUGAGUUGUUCUCUGGUAUAGCCUUGUUUUGUUUUUCUACUCUACAACAGUGUGAAUGAAUGGUGAAGUCUGAUUUGGUGCUGUUCCCACUCACCAGAAGCAAAAUAAAGACAUAUUUGUCUAGGAGAAUUACUUGAAAAUUG